CUAUUCAGUGCUAAUCAAGGCGAUCAAUUGCAACAUUCACACUUGCCUCAAACAAGAGUUCUUUCUCCCACCAUAGACAUCGUUUCCAACCCUAACCCUGGACCUUUCACAGAUACAUAAACCUGCCUUGCCCAGUUUACAAUAUACCUCACAACCUCUGAGGAUGCCUGCUAUAGAUGUGGGCAAAACGUCAGGAGACAAUAUUUCUGGAAAGUGGCCAUACAACCCGGAAAACUCACAGCAACUCAGAGUUGAUGUAGUUUAACGCCACUUGAACUGCCACGGCGCAAUGCUAGGGAAUCCUGGGAGUUGUAGUUUAGGAAUGCAGCAGAACACAUUUUGACAGGCAAGACUGGAGAGUGAGACGUUAUGAAACCGUAUCUCUCAGGAUUCCAUAGCUCUGAGCCAUGGCAGUUCAAGUGGUGUCAGACGGCAUGAAUUCUGCAGUGUAGAUGCACCUUUCUACGCCCCGAGCGCCUCCUAUUCGACCUGCGAGGGGCUGCCUCUUGCCAUCAUAGACAUAGAGGACCAAAGGUGGGUGUUCUUCUGCCUCCUAGCAAAUCUCUUCACUUAAGAUUGCUUGGCCUGCCAUGGCUUUGCAUUAAAAGAGAUACAUUUGACAUUUAAUGUUAGCUAUUUUGACUGCAUGUGCAUGGUCCUUAGUAAUUUAAUUUUCAGUACAAAGACAGAGUUCAAAUUAGGUCAAUAAUUAACAACACAUCUGAAAUCUGAGCAUUGGAAAGCAAUCAGGUUUUAACAAAUUCAUGCAUUUCAAGCAGUUAUGAAUAUACAACAUUUAAAAAUGGGAUGCUAAUUUCAAGUUGGAAUCUGACAGUGUAAAUUAAUACAAUUAAUCAAACACUAUUAUUAAAAAUGUGAAUCGUUUCUGAUUUUUGCUUCAGUCCUUCCUUAAUCCUCUUCUCUGCAGUGUAGUGUUAGGAAUAUCUCAAAUCUUAUAGUCCUGUGCUGUAUUUGAAAAUAAGUCUGGUAUUGUGGUAAUUUGCCACUGGUAAACGACUGUUAGCUGUGGUGAGCAACUGGUAAGUUGCCAAGUGGCAAAGUAUGUCAUAAACUGAAGAUUGUACAAAUAAUAAUAAUAAUAAUAAUAAUAAUAGACAUUGACAAAAUUAUGAUCUGCCAACUGCAAAAGGCCACCCUGCUGGGAUCUGCACGCAUCAUCAGAAAAUACAUCACACAGUCCUAGACACUUGGGAAGUGUUCGACUUGUGAUUUUGUGAUAUGAAAUCCAGCAUAUCUAUCUUGUUUGUUGUGUCAUAAUAAAAUAAUAAUAAUAAUAAUAAUAAUAAUAAUAAUAAUAAUCCCCCCCGCAGGUGCCACCUUGACGUGGUGGGGGGGCUUAACUGCUCCAAUGAUGACUGAGGGCUGUGCUGGCGGUAGUGUAACUACCGGCAGGUCCAACCAAGUGUGAUGUCUCAUGGGCCUUGUAGUCCCGUUCCUAGUACUAUUGUGGCAGAUGAGGAGGAAAACAUGGGAUUUCCACCGGUUCAGCCAGAAUCGGAGCCCCUGCACCUGGAGGAUGUUUGCCCUCAAGAAGUCAGCCAAACAAGCCUUGGGCAGAAUUCUCCCCCGUUUUCUCGUAGGGACAAUUAUAAUAGAGAUAGAGGAACUAGGGAGGCGAAUCGCCGGAGCGCCAGAAUCGCAGCCAAACAAUUAGCUGAUUAGGUCUGCUUCCCUUGGGAAAUUCUAAGGAGUCAUACAUCUGGACAGAGUUGGGUUUCACUUUUAGUUCUCCAGGGAAAGUGUUCUUCUGGCGGGAAACGAGACCCUAUUUAGGUGUUUUGCCGCGAAGGAAACCUUGCGGAGUCAACUCGUCAGCUGGAGGAGUGAGAUCGUGUGUGGACUACGCUACUCCAGUUCCUUGAUUCCAGGACCAAGUUCCAAGCCUGCCUUGUUUCCCCGGACCUCGCCACGGACCUUGUUCUUGCUUCUUGUUGCCUCGUAUCAAGUCUUGUUUGCCAAGAAUCUAGUUGUUUUCCAGCCUUGUUGUCAAGCUCCAAUGGACUAAAAGACCUUGUCAUUUCCCCACACUAUUGCUUGGCAAAGUGUGUGUUUCGGUUAUUGGAUUAUAACUUUGGACCUUAAUAUCACAUAUUGGACAUUAUUUUCCUGGACUAUAUUUGACCUUUCUUGAAAGGUCUAUUUCUGAACUUUAUUCUUCACUUGUUUUUAUUGACUUUAUAUAUUCCUUUAAUAAAGAUAUUAGAUAGAAUCCGGCCUCUGCGCUUGGUUAUUGGUGCUCUGUAGCCUGGGUCCUGACACCAAGCCAGAGAGGUCUCAGCUGAGGAGCAGAACUAAGAGCACCUAACCCAUUAGCAUUAUGGAGAAUCAAACCCAAACGAAGUCUAUACUGGCUCGGUUGUCGCCCAGGAUAAAAAGGACCGCGGUGGAUGCUGCUGAUUCUGGACAUCCAUCGACAAGUGGGCUAAGGAAUCAUCAAAACCCAAAUGAACAGUCACAGAAGCGGCAGAAAUACACAAUGCCAGAAAACCGCACAAUUAUGAAAUGCUACUACAAAUCUGAACCUCAAAGGCAUGGCUACCAAAAAAGGAUGCAUCAACUGUGGAAACAAGAGUACCCUGACUCACAGAUAACAGAACCCCGACUGGCUGACCAACGAAGAUUCAUAAUCAGAAACAAAGUGUUCAGUGAAGUUGAACUUGAAGAAAUCCAGAAAAUUUGCAAAGUAAAUUACUAUCAGACCACAGCACAGAUAGCAACAGAGACUCCAGCAACACUUGGAAUGGUGGAACAGAUUGAAUCAGAAGAAAGUGUGGAGCUUUUGCAAGAAUUUGAAGAACCAGCACUUGAAACAUCUGCUGAACCACCAGGAACCUUGACAGCAAGACAACAAGAGCUCAAGGAUAAGAUCAUGGCUCAUGCUGCAGCAAAUGCCAUAAGAAAACGGCUCCCAACUCUAAAAACAGUGCCCAAGAGACACCUGGCGCCUCUCAUGAAAGAUGUGAAUGCAGUACUCUCCACUGUCCAAAUAACAUCAAUUGAACAAACAAACCAGUAUGCCUACAGUGCAGCAGUGAUAGUAACAGAAGAGCUUGGGCUCCUACAAUCAAGGCAGCCCCAAAGAAAAUCGACUGGAAAACCAAAGUGGGAGAUCAGGCUAGAGUUGAAAAUCAAGGAACUUAGAUCAGAUGCAAGUAACCUCAAAAAUAUGAAAGAGAAGAAACUGAAGAAUGACAAAACCAAGCAAUACCUGAUCCGAAAGUACUGUCUAAACACCAGAAAAAUUGAAGAAGCUUUGGAAAUUGUGAAAGAACAAAUUACAGCAACAGCCAGAAAAAUUGAAAGGUAUGAAGCCAGAAUCAUCCAGUACAGACAAAAUCAGCUGUUUCAAUCAGACCAAAGACGGUUCUACCAGAGUCGGAACCAAACAACAGACACAGUAACCAUAAAGCCAGAGAAAACUGCAACAACGAAGUUCUGGAAAGAACUUUGGGAAAAUAAUAAAAACUACAACAAAAACGCUGGGUGGAUAAAGGAGUUUGAAGGAAAAUUCUCACAGAACAAAAUGGAACUGAUGGAAAUAACAACUGAAAUGAUCAGCAAACUAGUGCAAAAAGUCAAGAACUGGACAUCGCCUGGUAGUGAUCAACUUCAUGGAUUUUGGCUCAAACAUCUGAUUAGUUUACAUGGAAAAAUGGCCCAACAAUUCAAUGAGAUGAUGCAGAAAGAAAGUAUCAGUGAAUGGCUAACAACUGGAAGAACAUACCUGAUACAAAAGGAUCCAGCAAAAGGAGCAGCACCAGGAAACUACAGGCCAAUAACGUGUCUGCCCACUAUGUUUAAACUACUGACUGGCAUCAUAGCUGACAGAAUUCAAGACUAUCUUGAAGAAAAAAACAUCUUGCCAGAUGAACAGAAAGGCAACAAACGGAAAAGCAGGGGCACAAAAGACCAGUUAUUGAUUGACAAAAUGAUUCUGGAGAACUGUAAGAGCCGAAAAGCUAAUCUUCACAUGACGUGGAUUGACUACAAAAAGGCCUUUGACUCACUCCCACACAGCUGGAUCAUCAAGUGCCUGGAUGCCAUCGGGAUUUGUAAAAACGUUGGCACCUUCAUUGAAAACAUGAUGGAGCACUGGAAAACUGAACUGUUUGUUGGAAAUGAAAGCUAUGGACUUGUCAACAUCAGAAGAGGAAUUUUCCAGGGAGAUUCAUUGUCCCCUCUGCUUUUCAUUGCCAUGAUCCCUCUGUCAACAAUCUUACAAAAAACAAAUCUCGGCUACCAAACAUCUAAGAAUUCUCACAAAAUUUCACAUUUGAUGUACAUGGAUGACCUGAAGCUAUAUGGGAAAACGGAAACUGAAAUCCAGUCUCUGACCAACACUGUCCGAAUUUUUAGCACUGAUAUCAACAUGGAGUUUGCUUUGGACAAAUGUUCGACAGUGGCAUUGAAGAAGGGAAAAAUCAUUGAAAGUGAGGGCAUAAAUAUGCCCAAUGGCCAAACAAUAAAGUGUCACCAGCCAGAGGCCUAUAAAUAUCUGGGCAUGUUACAGCUGGACAACAUCAAGCAUGAACAUGUGAAAACUGUGGUCAGCAAAGAAUACACACAAAGGGUCAGAAAAAUUCUCAAAAGCAAGCUCAAUGGAGGCAACACCAUCAAGGCCAUAAACACCUGGGCCAUACCUGUCAUAAGAUAUACUGCUGGCAUCAUAAACUGGACACAGGCGGAACUGGACAAUUUGGACAGAAAAACAAGAAAACUCAUGACCAUUCAUCAUUCACUGCACCCUCGCAGUGAUGUUGACCGGCUCUAUCUGCCUAGAAGAUCAGGGGGCAGAGGACUCUUACAAGUAAAACAAGCAGCCAAAGAAGAAGAACAUGCCCUGGCAGAAUAUGUCAAGCAAAGUGAAGAACCUGCUUUGAUUGAAGUCAAAAAUCAGAAACUCCUCAAAGCACAGCAGACAAAAAACCAGUACAAGAAAACUGCACUACAAACUAGAGCUGACAGCUGGCACAACAAAACACUGCAUGGAAAGUUCCUUGACAAAAUUGAAGGAAAAGCUGAUAAGGAGAAGACCUGACUCUGGCUCACGAAUGGGACCCUGAAGAAGGAGACAGAAGGCCUGAUCCUUGCAGCCCAGGAACAAGCCAUCAGAACAAAUGCAAUUAAGGCCAAGAUCGAAAAAUCAGCUGAUGACCCAAAGUGCAGACUGUGCAAGGAAGCUGACGAAACCAUUGAUCAUAUCCUCAGCUGCUGUAAGAAAAUUGCACAGACAGACUACAAACAGAGGCACAACUGUGUGGCUCAAAUGAUCCAUUGGAACUUAUGCCUCAAGUACUGUCAAGAGUCAGACGCCAAUUAGCGAACAAAAAUAGAGUUUAUUCAGCAGAUAAGCCAAAAGGUAAUGUUAACACAGAAAAAACCUUGAAACACUUCACUAUCAGUGCUUCAAGAGCAGUUCAAACAAAAAUAUAAUUCAGCAACACAAGCAGGUAAAAACAAAGCUAAACAAACUUAGUGCAAACUGCACUUUCUGAGUCCAAGCCCUGCCAGCCGGCUCUGUAGUUUUCAAAGGAACAGUUCCCAAAAGAAAACACCAAAUUGGUCAGGAAACAGACAAACAAACUAAGAAUGCAGUAGACUGCUUCCACAAUGUGGAUAAAGCCGAAGGCUCCAAAAGGAUGGUGAAAAGACGUCGUCCGGGAUUCCAAGGUCAGGUCAGGAGAUAACAGCGGUGUCCAAAGAGCAAGCCAGGAGUCAAAAGCCGAUAGUAGUCAUCAAUCACAGGGCGAAGGCAGUAGCAAGGUCAAAUUCCGAUCCAAGGUCUGAAGAGGGUGCAGUCAUCCAAAACUGGUCCACGAUAAGACACAGCGAGAGCCAAGCUAGGUGAUAACAGCAGAUUCAAAUCAUAGUCCAAGUCCAGUCUUCAUGGAAACACAGAGAUCCCAAUGGCGCCUCAGCAACACCUUGCCACACGCAAAGUGCAGUGGCCAAACAUUCCCAUUUUAUUCCCCUUCCUCCUGGGUGACCAAACACUCACACCCAAACACCAGGUGUCCCAAAUCUACUCAGAGUCUGAGCUCCACACAGCUAGAGCUCGUGGAUCUGGAGUACCUAGCAAUUCGUCGGAGUCCCAAUCAUCCUGCCCACACUUAGCCCCAUGAACACUUAAAGAACCAUCCUCCCUUCUCCAAGCAUCCCAAUUGGGAUCAGCUCCUGCAGAAACCCCAGGUUCAGAAGUAUCCAUAGACCCCAAAUCCCCAGACAUCUCCGGUGGCUGUGCCCAUUCAGUGCCCGCUUCCCCAGCCACCACCUGUUCCUCAGCAUCCAUCUCCCCAUCUGAAUCUUCCUCAGAAGAUCCCCCAUAUAGCUCUCUAAGUCGCUUCCUGCGCAACUCCUCCAGUGAACCCUCAUCACGAGGGUUUUUUCUUCCUCUUCGAAUUCCAUCCCCAUCAACCAUAAUCCCCGAAGGCGCAGUCACAACAAGUACCACCUGCCAGCAGCAAAGAACUGGUGGGAUCACAAACCAGCAAAGAUCGUGGAAAAUGAACACGCAAAGAUACUGUGGGACUUCCGAAUCCAAACUGACAAAGUUCUGGAACACAACACACCAGACAUCACAGUUGUGGAAAAGAACAAGGUUUGGAUAAUUGAUGUCGCCAUCCCAGGUGACAGUCGCAUUGACGAAAAACAACAGGAAAAACUCAGCCGCUAUCAGGACCUCAAGAUUGAACUUCAAAGACUCUGGCAGAAACCAGUGCAGGUGGUCCCGGUGGUGAUGGGCACACUGGGUGCCGUGCCAAAAGAUCUCAGCCGGCAUUUGGAAACAAUAGACAUUGACAAAAUUACGUUCUGCCAACUGCAAAAGGCCACCCUGCUUGGAUCUGCACGCAUCAUCCGAAAAUACAUCACACAGUCCUAGACACUUGGGAAGUGUUCGACUUGUGAUUUUGUGAAACGAAAUCCAGCAUGUCUAUCUUGUUUGCUGUGUCAUACAACGUUGUUGUGUCAAUAAUAAUAAUAAUAAAUUAUUUAUUACCUGCCUCUCCUGAUGGCUGGAAGCAGAGUGCAACAUAGUAAAAAUGUAUCUACAAUAUAUUACAUAGAUAAAAACACAAAAAUAUAAAAAAAUUGCACCGAACACAGAUACAAAAUUGACAUACAGUAGCAAUAGAAUGUAAAUCAAAACUCAUGACUGAAAGUUGACAAGGUAUGCCUGCCAGGAGAGAUAGGUCUCUUCAGUUGUGUCUUAAAUUCUCUCCGCUUAUUUAGCUGUUUAUUUUCUU